GGUUGAAAACAUCCUGUUCCUCUUGUCUGCCCUCACGGCCGUAACAUUUUUAUAGGUUUUUCUUUUUUUACGAGAGUCCGAUAAUAUUGUGGAGACUUCCUCCGUACAAGGUUCAGGUUGGUUACCAGCACAACCAGAGCAGCAGGUAGAGGUAGAGGAUGCUGCCUAUGUUGGUUCCUCUCAUCUUCACCGUCCUCCUGACUGAGACGUCUGCCUCUCUACCAUCUUCAGCAGGUAGGGGGCGGGCUUCUCCAUGCCCACCUCGGUGGCUCCUGUUCAGGCAGAGAUGUUUCGCUUUCUACCCUGUGUGGAGCUCCUGGAGCACUGCUGAUGCUAUGUGCUCUCAGUCAGGUGGUAAUCUGGCGUCGCUUCACACAUCAGAGGAGAGGCAGUUUGUCAGUCGACUAGUAAACACACACACUGCUGGGUGGCUGGGUGGCUACCAGUCACAACAGAAUCUCUCUUGGAUUUGGAGCGAUUACUCCCCCUUCACGAUGACUGGUUGGACCAAUCAGAGGCAGGAGAACGCCAGAGGGGGCGGGGCGUGCAUACAUAUGGAACUAAAAAGUGGAGAGCUGCACAGCGCCCCCUGUGGAGAGCUGAAGUUCUACAUCUGCUCCACCAGAGCCAGUUCUACAGUCGUCCCCAAGGAGAGCAAACCAGUGGAACCAGGCAUCAUCCCCAGUGUGAGUGUGUUUGAUGUCGUGUGGGGCUACAGCGACGUGCUGGCAGAGGAGAUCCUCCACUCGUCCUCCUUCCUCAAGGAGCUCCGGUCCGGUCAGCUGACGCAGCGCUGCUACGACAGCUUCACAAAGCAAGAGGCGCUCUAUCUGCACAGAGUCAGCGGCACACUGGAGGCCCUGAUAAGUAGUUUACAGGAAGCAGAUGACAUGAGAUCACUGCUGCUGGAUACACUUAAACACUACAGCAGCAGAAACCAGAGCCUCCUCGCUUCGCCUCCCCCACAGUGGCUCCGCCUCUCCCUCCAGUCCUUCCACUCGGUGGUUCUGGAAGAGCCGGUCUAUUGGCUGGUGGCUCUGUCGGCCCGCGCCUGCCUCCGUAACUUCCUGGACGGGGAGCAGCUCUUCUCCGAGCUCAAGCCUGGCUCCCUGCUGGUGUCUGAGGCCAAGGUUAAAGCCGGCGGCCUCUACCAGGAGUGGAGAGAAGAGAGUCUGAAGGAGGUCGCUUGGACACAAAGGUACAGAAAGGUGAUAGAGGAACACCAGGAUCAGAUGAACGUGUUUAAAGCCGUAACCAUCUUCAGAGAGCAGAUGAUGAACCAGAAGAGUUUCUACAAGGCUGUAGCCUGUGAUGUUGUGGAUGAUAGAUGAUGAAGAG